UUGAACUCUGCUUUUAUCUUGUCUUCGUCGGCCCUCUCGAUCUUUCUGCUCAGUGCGCUCACAACUGGGAAGAAACGGCAAUGGCUGCCACCCUCAGCCUUCUCAAACCCCAUCUUCUCUCUGGGAAACCGCUCCAGUGCUACUCAAAACUGAAAAUUCCCUCCAACCCAACAAAAUUGAAUGCAUCCAAAGACUCAACAACCAACCCACAAUUACUCUUCCCUCAUACCAUCCAUGCUCUUAAAUCGGCUUCUCUUCCACUCACAGCACUCGCAAUUCCGUUCUUUCUAGACCAACAGGCAACGCUUGCUGUCGGUGGGGAGUUUGGAAUAUUGGAGGGAAGGACAUUUGCGCUCAUACACCCCAUCGUGAUGGGUAGUUUGUUCGUCUACACAUUGUGGGCUGGGUAUUUGGGUUGGCAAUGGCGGCGAGUCCGGACGACGCAAAAUGAGAUCAACGAGCUCAAGAAGCAGGUGAAGCCUGCCCCGGUUACUCCAGAAGGGACACCAGUGGAAACGGCGCCGUCUCCGGUUAACCUCAAAAUUCAGCAACUCACUGAGGAGAGGAAGGAGUUGCUGAAAGGGUCUUACAGGGAUAGGCACUUCAAUGCAGGGGCAAUACUGUUAGGAUUCGGGGUGUUUGAGGCUGUUUUCGGAGGACUAAACACGUGGUUUAGAACGGGAAAGCUGUUUCCAGGGCCUCAUUUGUAUUAUGGAGCAGCCAUUACAGUGCUAUGGGCAGCCGCUGCGGCUCUUGUACCACCAAUGCAGAAAGGUAGUGAGACGGCUAGAAAUCUUCACAUUGCAUUGAAUGUGCUGAAUGUUCUAUUCUUUAUCUACCAGAUCCCCACUGGAAUCGAAAUAGUUUUCAAAGUUUUUGAAUUCACUAGCUGGCCUUGAACUGACAGACCUUCCAAGUCUUAGCUCUCUUGUAUUUUGUCUGUUUUUUACUUGUAUCAUCUGUAACUUCAAACUUUUUUGAAAUACUUUGAAGCAUUUGAUUAUGUUUGACUAAAUGAAGGUGACAGCCUUCUGAUUAUGUUCAUUCCUUGAAGAGCAUGACAUUGGUCUUCUAGGCAUCAAAUACUUUAGUGUUUUGACUAUGUAAUGGUUGACAGCUAUUUUAAUCAAAUUAUUCCUUCCAACUUUCACUGUAAA